AUGGGUACAGUAAAUUUGGGAGCCCAGCGUGAUGGGUUUCAGUUUGACGCGAAGAAAGAUAGAGUACUUGGCGAUAGAUGGUACUCAAUGUACUCGACUCGAGAGCCCGUAAAGUUUAAACAGGAACAUUUUGAAAUUGCUAUGAUGAAUGUCAUCAGAGAGCCCAAUAUCAAUUCCUCGGCUAUCCUCAGAGCCGAUAUUUUAAGCAAAGUCACAUAUAAAUAUGGAGGACCUGAUGUAGUGGUGAAAGAGUCGAAAUGUAACGAAUCACAAGUUGCAUACCCCGAGGCAAAGAAACUGAAUAUUGAUGAUUUGCAAGUGCGGGAGGUCAAGACAUCGGCAGACCUGGAUUUACGGAUUGUAGAGAAGAUUGUUCGGAGAAUUGUGCCUAGGAAUCCAUACAAGGAUGCGAUCAUGAAUCAAACCUGCUUAGUGAUGAGAAGCCCCGCGAAAUAUCCCGAUAGCUCUUUGAUCGUUUAUACACCUCAUUUGAAUGCGGAGGACGAAUGCCCAUUUUAUAUUCCACAUGUAAAGACCGUGGGAAUUUUGCUUCAUGAAGGUAUUCUCUCUGUGCACUACAUACCAUUCCACAACGGAGAAUUGUUGCAAGAUGAAUCUCAGAGAGUGGUAAGGACCGCGUGGAGGCUUCUUCAGACGGCUAAUAAGCAUUCCACUGGGGUAAUGCAAGGUUAUGAAAAGAGGGUGAAUCACGACCAAGUGGUUGAUAAGGUUAAAUUCCAAAACCGAUACAUUAACUUGAAGAAACAAUAUUCCAAAUUUUUGGUGGAUAAUUGGGCCGAGUCUACUGAUCCAACAAAGCACGUAUUCGAAGACAUUGCAAUUGCUGCGUUCCUGAUAGAGUUAUGGCAUAAGAUAAACGGACCAGAUUGCAAGGAUAAGAUGCAGUUUAGAGAUUUGGGUUGUGGAAAUGGUGUUUUAUGUUAUAUUUUGAUAAGAGAAGGUUUCAAAGGUGUAGGUAUCGAUGCAAGACACCGUAAGUCAUGGGCAAUUUAUCCCAACGAAGUUCAAGCAUGUUUAAAAGAACAGGUAAUUGUGCCUUCUCUUCUUGUGCGCCCGCAUCCUGAUGUCAAGAAAAGGGCACCUCACCUUGAGCAUAACGGCGGGUUGUUUCCUGUAAAAGUCGCACACGAGGUUAUAGCACCUGCCACUGUAGUAUACACUAGUGAAGACUUACUUCGUUCACCGCAAGUUAACGUUGCCGAGUUUGGCCCAAACACAUUCAUUAUUGGAAACCAUUCCGACGAACUCACUUGCUGGAUCCCACUAUUAGGUUAUCCCUUCAUGGUAAUACCUUGCUGCUCACACAAUUUUUCUGGUCAAAGAGUACGCUUUAACGUUAGGAAAUCGACCUCCAAAGGUAGCUCAAAAGUUUUAGCUAACAGCACGUACGCUGGCCUUGUGGAUCAUGUCAGCUAUAUAGCUGAACGUGUAGGAUGGAAAGUGGAGAAGGAAAUGUUGAGAAUACCCAGCACUAGAAACGCAGCUCUCAUAGGGUAUGAAAACCCCAGUUUGAGUCAGUUUCCAACGCAAGAGGUGUAUGAUACGAUAAUAGCAGACGGAGGGCCAGAUGGCUGGAUACAGAAUACAAUGGCCCUGAUGACAAGAAGCCCCAGGAAUCAUUGA